AGUCGGCAAAGAUGGCGGGUCGAGCCGGAGGCGGCGGAGGGGGCUGGGGGUCCGGGACAAAACCCCGGUGGAUGGGACUUCCGAUGGGGAUCGGGUCAGGUCGGAGGCGGCCGUGGCGGCCGAGUAGGAGGGGGGUGGGACUACUGCUGGGGCUUUGGCGCCGAGCCCAGGGGCGACGCCGGUUUUGGCUUCGGAGCCGGCUCCGCCGGACAACCCGGGAACGGCGCCUACGGGUUCGGCUGGAGCGCUAACUCCGUUAACGGCGGCGGCGGCGGUGGAGGCGGCGGCGGCGGCGGCGGCUGCCGAGGAGGCGGAAAUGGAGGCGUUGGGUUUGCUUUCGGUGGCGGUGGAGGAGGCGGAGGUGGUGGUUGGAACGGCGGGCGUUCGGAUUUGGGGGCGUUGGUGGGGGUCGCGGCGGCGGAGUGGGCUUCCCCAAUCCGCCACCGCCGCCGCGCCGCGGCGGCGGAGCGUAACGAGAGUCAAAUCUGAAAAGGAUACUGAUCCACGAUGGUUAUGUAUGUUGUUCCUGUAUGCUGAUAAAUAAAUGGAACAUGUAUUUAAAAUAAAGGGAUCUUUAUCUUAUAUAAUUAGCUGGAAUGAUCUUAAACCUUUGGAUGUUAAUUUUUUCUCUACAUUUCUUUGUCAUGUUUUUAUUUGGUAAUCUUGAAGUUACAUCA